CGAGACUCGGUUUCCUGCUGCCACUUCCUGUUUGCGCUUUGUGGGCUGAACCCAGAGGCCGCAAGGCAGUGGAAUUGCCCAAAGUGGAGCCGGGUGAUCUGUCAGCAGCAGCCUCUUCCAUGCCACAUUCGAGUGGCCGGCACUGAAGGUGCCCUUUCUCCUUUCAAAGCAACCAGUGUCUCAGAUGGCUUUCAAAGGCCCCCUUGGGUGCCUGUUUCUCAGUGCGCUGAUGAGCCAGUUUUCAAAAGGAAUGGAAGGUGUUGCGAAGGAGCCGCAGUUACAGGUGUACCAGCCAAAGAAUGCUAUCUCAGUACGAAUAGGAGAUAAUCUCACACUGGAAUGCCGGGUGACUGGGGAAGGUCCACCAGGACCUGUGAGGUGGUUCCUGGGAGAAGGUCCCACAAAGAAGCUUAUCUAUGCAGGUGUUAGAAGUUUUGAGAGAGUAACAAUAAAUAAUGAACAAUCCAAUGAAGAUUUCACCAUUGUCAUCCAUAAUGUUACCCGGGAGGAUGCUGGUAUUUAUUACUGUGGAAAGAUAAAAUAUGGAAAAGAAGACUUCAUGCUACAUGGGGGUGGAACUGAGGUGGUUGUGACAGAUUCACCACCUUCCAACACCGCCCCAGUGGUUGCCGGGGUGAGCGUCCUUCUCCUCGCUGUCUUGCUUCUCGUGGCAGUUUACAUCUACGUAAAGAAGAGAAAAGGCAGAAACCAAGAUACGUCAAGGCCUGAAGCUCCCACCCAAGAGAACGCAAGCCUUCCUAAACAGGGUGUUGUCAAUAAAGAGAUUGUCUAUGUAGACCUGAAGGAUCCCAGUGGCCUGAGAAGACCUAAGCAAAGGAAGGCAGAGGAGCAUUCAGAAUACGCCAGUGUCCGGGUAGCUUAGCCUGUGGCUGCAAGAGGAACACUUUCCUGCCUGGAGUCAAAAACCACCGACCAGAGAUGAAACUCCAUCAAACAGACCCUACCAUGCAAAUUAAAGAAAUUGGGUGUGCUGCAUGGAUUCUGGCUCAGAGAGGCGUGGCUCACCCUCCCUAUUUGAUCUGGCUGUUUUUGCAAGAAGUUUGAAAGGAAAGGCUGUUUCUUUUUUCCUUUGUGCAGGGAGACUAGUGCUUUGUGCAGGGAGCAUCACUCUCUGGACAUUGCACAGCUCAUGGACACUGGAAAUGGAUUUAUACUGAGUCAGUCCACAGGUCCAAUGAGCCAGUGUGGUGUAGUGGUUCAGAGCGGUGGACUUGUAAUCUGGUGAACCGGGUUCGCA